AUGGUUCAUAUUAUUAAAGUCGUACGUCCAUUGAGUAUGGAAAUCAUGUAUACUACUAUAGAAAGUCUCACUCGGAAUGGUCGAGAUCGAAGUUUGGAUCAUAAGCUAUCAAAUAUUUUUAUUCCAAAAGGGUCACCUGAAGCUGAUGUCAUAAGUGCUGUGGCUCCAGCUGAAGACGAUAUCUGGCUGAAGAAGACAAGUUCUGGUGUGUUCAAUUCUACAAAUAUCGACUAUAUAUUGAGAAAUCUUGGUGUAGAGUUUCUUGUGGUCAUGGGUUUCUUAACAGAUCAAUGUGUUGACAUGGCUGUACGUGACGCUGCCGACAAAGGUUAUCAAGUGAUUUGCAUAGCAGAUGCCUGUACAACUCAUACUCAAGAGCGUCACGAAAAUGCAUUGCGCGCUUUUGGUGGCUACUGUCGUAUUAUGAGCACCGAUGAAUUUAUUCAAGAGAUUCAAGGUAGUAAUAAUAGUAAUAACAGCGAUUUCUCGAUGAAAUUAGCUGUUAAUGAGCAACAAAAGAAUUUAUCAUCAUAUGCUUGUUCAUAUCUUCAACCAACCGCACUGACAAUGCUAGUUACAACGGAUCUGACUGGUAUUACACGUGGUCGGACAUUUCCCACAGAAGCUAUCAAUGAGUAUUGGGAUAGUGGAUGUGGUUGGGUACCAGCUAACAGUGCUCUGACACCACAGGACGUUAUUGCUGAUUCGAAUCCGUGGGGUUCACAUGGUGAUCUACGUUUAUUACCAGAUCGUGAAAGCCGAGUUCAAAUCAGUAAUGGACCAGAUCCAAAAGCACCGAUGUUUGACAUUAUCCAUUGCGACAUUAUCGAAACUGAUGGUAAAGCUUGGCUCGGUUGUCCACGUGAGCUUCUUCGUCAAGAAAUCCAACGUUAUCGUGAAAUGCUUGGUAUGCGAAUUAUAGCUGCAUUCGAACAUGAAUUCAUAUUGAACGGACGACAAUGUAUGAGUGAUUUACCAGCAUUCUCUUUGCGAGCUCAUCGUCAUAUGGCUGAUUUUGGUGGAUGGUUAGUUGCUGCUCUUCAAUCUGCGGGUGUCGAACCAGAAAUGUUUCUUCCCGAAUAUGGUCGAAGCCAGUACGAAAUCACCUGCCGAUCUACUGAAGGUGUUGCCGCUGCAGAUCGUGCGGUUAAUGUCCGUGAGAUCACCCGAGACAUUGCUCGACAAAUGAAUAUGCACGCUAGUUUUUCACCACAGCCAUAUGUCGGAGCCAUAACCAAUGGUGUUCAUUUACAUUUGAGUAUUCAAGGUCUUGAUGGACAACCAUUACUCUAUCAAAAAGGACGCCGUUAUGACCUGUCGGAACUGGGCGAGCAUUGGACAGCUGGCAUACUCAAUCAUUUACCGGCACUCUGUGCACUUACUGCACCUACACCAGUUUCUUACAUGCGACUGAAACCACAUCACUGGAGUGCAGCCUAUGCUUGCCUGGGUUAUCGUAAUCGUGAAGCUUCCUUGCGUAUCUCUCCUACUGUGAGUCUUAGCAAUCGAUCAAUUGCUGAUCAAUACAACGUUGAGUUUCGUCCGUUAGAUGCUACGGCUAGUCCACAUCUAAGUAUGGCUGCCAUACUCAUAGCCGGACGAUUGGGCAUUCAGCAAAAUAUGAAUCUGAAGGCAAUAAUCGAUACGGAUCCCCAUGAACUAAGCAAUAAUGAAAGAGAGAUGCGCAACAUCAAUACCUUACCGUCGAGUCUCUCCGAUGCUCUUGAAAUGCUGUCGAACGACAGCGAUCUUGUGAAAGAGUUGCCGAAGCCAUUGAUCGAUACGUAUUUCGCCAUGAAAAAACAUGAAUUAAAAAUAACCAGUGAACUCACUGACAAAGCACUCUGCGAACAAUAUACAUGUAUCUACUAA